UUUCCCGGAGCUAACGGGCUAGCUGCUGCUAGCAGCCUCGGCAGGAAGCGGAGCCUCGGCGGCGGCGCAGAUUCGGUGAGCGGGGCGGGCGGCGGCGGGAGUCGGAUCGGGGGAGCGGAGCGUCCCAGCCGGGUAGGAUGUCGGCUCAGGAGCGGCUGCGGCGGCUGGAGGAGCUGCUGCUGGAGCAGAAGGAGGCGGGAUGCCUGAGCGUGGAGGCGCUGCUGGACCUGCUGCUCUGCCUCUACACCGAGUGCUCCAACUCCCCGCUGAAGAGGGAGAAGCACAUCACCGAGUUCCUGAACUGGGUGAAGCCGUUCACCAGCCGGGUGAAGGACAUGCGGCUGAAGAGAGACGACUUCGAGAUGCUGAAGGUGAUCGGACGAGGAGCCUUCGGGGAGGUUGCCGUGGUGAAGAUGAAGAACACGGAGCGCGUUUACGCCAUGAAGAUCCUGAACAAGUGGGAGAUGCUGAAGAGAGCCGAGACGGCGUGUUUCCGGGAGGAACGGGACGUCCUGGUGAAAGGGGACAGUCAGUGGAUCACCACUCUGCACUACGCCUUCCAGGAUGACAACUUCCUGUACCUGGUGAUGGACUACUACGUGGGCGGAGACCUGCUGACGCUGCUCAGUAAGUUUGAGGACCGUCUCCCUGAAGACAUGGCCAGGUUCUACGUGGCAGAGAUGGUUCUGGCCAUCCACUCCAUCCACCAGCAGCAGUACAUCCACAGAGACAUCAAACCGGACAACGUUCUGCUGGACGUCAACGGUCACAUCCGGCUGGCCGACUUCGGCUCGUGUCUGCGGAUGAUGGAGGAUGGAACGGUGCAGUCGUCUGUUGCCGUGGGAACCCCGGACUACAUUUCCCCAGAGAUCCUGCAGGCGAUGGAGGACGGGAUGGGACGCUACGGGCCGGAGUGCGACUGGUGGUCGCUGGGCGUCUGCAUGUACGAGAUGCUGUACGGAGAGACGCCGUUCUACGCCGAGUCGCUGGUGGAGACCUACGGCAAGAUCAUGAACCACGAGGAGCGUUUCCAGUUCCCCUCCCAUGUGGCCGACGUCUCUGAAGACGCCAAGGAUCUGAUCCAGCGGCUGCUCUGCUCCCGGGACCACCGGCUGGGCCUCAACGGCAUCUCGGACUUCAAGGGCCACGCCUUCUUCAGCGCCAUCGACUGGGAGAACAUCCGCUCCGCCGAGGCGCCGUACAUCCCCGACGUCUCCUCGCCCACUGACACCUCCAACUUCGACGUGGACGAUGACGUCCUGAAGAACCCGGACAUCGGACCGCCGGUGUCUCACACCGGCUUCACCGGCCAGCACCUCCCCUUCGUCGGCUUCACCUUCACCACCAACAGCUGCUUCUCGGACCGCAGCGCGGCCGGCCGGGCGGCACCGGGAGUCCGAACGGAGCCGGACUGCGGCGGCGGCUCGGAGGUGGAGGCGUUUGAGAAGAGGAUCCGCCGCCUGGAGCAGGAGAAGCAGGAGCUCAACCGCAAACUGCAAGAGUCCACCCAGGCCCUCCAGGCUCCGGCGCGGGGAGGAACUCUGGCCCGGGACAAAGAGAUCAAGAAGCUGAACGAGGAAAUCGACCGGCUCAAGAAGAAGCUGGCAGACUCUGAUAGGCUGGAGCACCAGCUGGAGGAGGCCGUCACGCUCAGGCAGGACUACGAAAGCUCCGCCUCCAAGAUGAAGGCCGUGGAGAAGCAGGUGAAAUCCCUGAGGCAGGAGAAGGACGACAUCCACAAGCAACUGGCCGACUCUCUGGAGCGUCUGCGCAGCCAGACCAAGGAGCUGAAGGAGGCGCACUCCCAGAGGAAGCUGGCCCUGCAGGAGUUCUCGGAGCUGUCGGAGCGGAUGGCCGAGCUGCGCUCCUCCAAGCAGCGCCUGUCCCGCCAGCUGAGGGACAAGGAGGAGGAGAUGGACGCGCUCAUGCAGAAGAUGGACGCCCUGAGACAGGAGAUCCGCAAGACAGAGAAGAACCGCAAGGAGCUGGAGGCUCAGCUGGACGAGGCGAAGGCGGAGGCAUCGAAGGAGAGGAAGCUGAGGGAGAACAGUGAAGUUUACUCCAAACAGCUGGAGACGGAGCUGCAGAGCCUGAAGUCCCAGCAGGGCCGAGGAGCUGCGGGCGGCGGCGGCGGAGCCGUGGAGUCCCAGCAGGAGCUGUCCCGGCUGAAGGCGGAGCUGGAUAAGAAGGUUCUGUUCUACGAGGAGGAGCUGCUCCGGAAGGACUCGGCCCACUCCGGCGAGAUCAAAACGCUCCGCAAGGACCUGCAGGAGUCAGAGGGGGCGCUGCUCACCGCCAACAAGGAGCUGCUGCAGCUCAGGGACAAGCUGGACAAAGCCAACAGGAACAGGCAGAACGAGAUGGAAGACAUCAUCGCUGCGCUGAAGGAGAAAAUCGAGCGAGAGAAGAGCAUGCUGACUGAAGAGAACCGCAAGCUAACGACCGAGAAUGACAGGCUGUGUUCGUUCGUGGAAACCCUGACGGCUAACAACCAGCAGCUGGAGGACGACCUGCAUUACCUGUCCUCCAAGAAGGAGAGCGUGGCGCACUGGGAGGCUCAGAUCGCAGAGAUCAUCCAGUGGGUCAGCGAUGAGAAGGACGCCCGCGGCUACCUGCAGGCGCUGGCUACCAAGAUGACGGAGGAGCUGGAGACGCUGCGCAGCUCCAGCCUGGGAGCCCGACCUCUGCCUGAGUCAGGAGUGGCCACGCCCCCUAGGAAGCCCUGGCCUCCUAUUGGUGGAGACAGGAUGGACCCGCUGUGGAAGGUCCGCCGCAGCCAGAAGCUGGACAUGUCGGCCCGUCUGGAGCUGCAGUCAGCUCUGGACGCCGAGCUGAAGGCCAAGCAGAUGGUCCAGGAGGAGCUGCGCAAAGUCAAGGCUGCCAACAUCAACCUGGAGAGUAAGCUGAAGGAGUCCGAGGAGAAGAGGCAGGAGGUGGUGGAGCAGGUGGAGGGUCUGAAGAAGGAGGUGGAGGAGAGCCGCUCCCGCUCCGACAAAGGCCUGAAGCUCCCAGACUUCCAGGACUCCAUGUUCGAUUACUUCAACACGUCUCCUCUGGUUCCGGACCUCACCUUCAGGGCGUCACUUUGCUCCGCCUCCUCACUGCUCGCCCUUUGGGAAGAAACGGGAGAUUUAGACUCCACCCCCGAGAAGUCGCUCCCCACGCCGCCUUCCCGAUCCUCCGCCUCUGAGACUGAGGACGGAAAAACGGCGUCAGUUCCCGAAAGCCCCUCCCCCAUCUUACAGAGCUCAGCGCUGGCUACACUCAAGCCCAAAGCUCACCAGCUGAGCAUCAAAACGUUCUCCAGCCCCACGCUCUGCUCCCACUGCACCUCCCUGAUGGUGGGCCUCAGUCGCCAGGGAUACGCCUGCGAAGUCUGCUCCUUUAUCUGCCAUGUGGCCUGUAAAGAGCACGCCCCCCUGCUGUGCCCCAUCCCGGCGGAUCAGGCCAAGAGGCCGCAGGGCAUCGACGUCCAGAGGGGCAUCGGCACCGCCUACAAGGGCUACGUCCGGAUCCCGAAGCCCAGCGGCGUGAAGAAGGGCUGGCAGCGAGCGUUUGCUGUGGUGUCGGACUGCAAACUGUUUCUCUACGACAUUCCAGAGGGGAAGUCCACCCAGCCGGGCGUGGUGGCCAGUCUGGUCCUGGACCUCAGAGAUGAAGAUCUGUCCGUCAGCUCUGUGUUGGCGUCUGACGUAAUCCACGCUACCAGGAAGGACAUCCCCUGCAUCUUCAGGGUGACGUCGUCGCAGCUGAGCUCGCAGUUCUCCUCGGUGUCGCUGCUGGUGCUGGCGGAGAGCGAGGAGGAGAAGAAGAAGUGGGUCCGGGUUCUGGAAAGUCUGCAGAACAUCCUGACCAAGAACCAGCUGAAGAACCAGCAGGUCCACAUCCUGCAUGAGGCUUACGACGCCUCGCUGCCCCUCAUCAAGACGGCACUGUGCGCCGCUGUCCUGGAUCGGGAGAGGAUCGCUCUGGGAACAGAAGACGGGUUGUUCAUCGUCGAGGUUACAAGAGACGUCAUCGUCCGGGCCGCUGACAGUAAGAAGGUUUAUCAGAUCGAACUCAUUCCCAAGGAGAAGAUGGUGGCUCUGCUGUGCGGCCGGAACCGGCAGGUCCACCUUUACCCGUCGGGGGUUCUGGAUGGGGCGGAGUCGUCCUUCGACACCAAGCUGGCAGAGACCAAGAACUGCCAGGUUCUGACCACCGGGCUGCUCCGACCCGGAGGCCCCGCCUGCCUGCUGGCCGCCGCCAAGCGCCAGGUCCAGUGCUACGAGAUCAGCCGGGCGAAGCCGUACCACAAGAAGCUGUGGGAGGUUCAGGCGCCGGGCACGGUCCAGUGGCUGGGCAUGCUGCGGGACCGGCUGUGCGUGGGAUACUCGUCCGGCUUCGCCCUGCUGGCGCUGCAGGGCGAGUCGUCGCCCAUCAGCCUGGUGAACCCGGCCGACCCGUCCCUGGCCUUCCUGGCCCAGCAGCCCAUGGACGCGCUGCACGCCCUGGAGGUCGGCGCCGCCGAGGUUCUGCUCUGCUUCAGCCAACUGGGCCUCUAUGUGGACGGGCAGGGCCGGCGCUCCCGGACCCAGGAGCUGAUGUGGCCCGCGGCGCCGCUGGCCUGCUGUUCGAACUCGUCCCACCUGACGGUUUACAGCGAGUACGGAGUGGACGUGUUCGACAUCCACACCACCGAAUGGGUCCAGACCAUCUCCCUGCGCAAGUUCCGCCCCCUGAACGCUGAAGGAACGCUGAACCUGCUGAGCUCAGAGCCGCCUCGCCUGGUUUACUUCAGCAACGCCUCAUCAGAGGGAGACCUCACCAUCCCGGAGACGUCGGACCGCAGCAGGAAGCUGAUGGUUCGGACUCGCAGCAAGAGGAAGUUCCUGUUUAAGGUUCCAGAAGAGGAGCGGCUCCAGCAGAGGAGGGAGAUGCUGAGGGACCCGGAGCUCCGAUCCAAGAUGAUUUCCAACCCGACCAACUUCAACCACGUGGCCCACAUGGGACCGGGAGACGGCAUGCAGGUCCUGAUGGACCUCCCCCUGGUCGGUGACCUCACCUCCCUCUCUCCCUCCCCGUCUCCUUCUCCCUCCUCUUCUUCCUCCCGUCACACCCUCAUCUCCCCCCCCUCCAACUUUGAGCACAUCUAUCACAUGACGUCGGCAUCGGCCGGCGCCUUCUUGCAGAAGGAGGCCUCCUCUUCCUCCUCCUCCCAGCAGAGCCUCCUGCAGCCUUCCUCCUCCUCCUCCUCUCCCUCCAUCUCCUCUCUGGGAAGGAGUGUGAUGCCCUCCGCCCAGGACGACCCAAUCAGAGACAAGCCCCGCCCACUGUCCAGCAUCUCCCGGCAACACAGGAGCAAGUCGCACAUCACGCGCACGGCUUCAGAUUUUAGUUCCGGAGCUUCAACACGCGGCGCCUGUGAGCCGGACCUGGACCUGGACCGAGAGCCGGACUCGGACUCCACCAAGCACUCGACCCCCUCCAACAGCUCCAACCCCAGCAGCCCCCCCAGCCCCAACUCCCCCCACCGCAGCCAGCUCACCCUGGACGGCCUGGAACUGGAGCCCUAAGCCCCGCCCCUUGCACACGUUAGUCCCCACCCACCCCCAUGUAUGUUGGGGGCGGGGCUUGUCGAACAGACUGAAGACUGGGAGUUUAGCUUUUACUUUGAGGAUUUUAUCAUGAAAGAGUGAGUCUGAGGUUGCUGCUGCUUUUACCUGCUGGGUAGCCCCGCCCCUUCCCCGGUUUUACCUGGAUGGAUUUUACCUGCUGGGUAGCCCCGCCCCUUCCCUGGUUUUACCUGGAUGGAUUUUACCUGCUGGGUAGCCCCGCCCCUUCCCCGGUUUUACCUGGAUGGAUUUUACCUGCUGGGUAGCCCCGCCCCUUCCCUGGUUUUACCUGGAUGGAUUUUACCUGCUGGGUAGCCCCGCCCCUUCCCCGGUUUUACCUGGAUGGAUUUUACCUGCUGGGUAGCCCCGCCCCCUGCCCCGGUUCGACGGCCCUGGGACCAGUCACUUCUUGUUCUUCCUCUUCUGUAUUAAAAACACUUUCCAUGCGUUAGCCGCUCAGACGGACGGGAGGUCUCACUCUGAGGAAAAAAAGAAAAACACUGUAUUAAUUAUUUUAAAGUUUUGUUAAGCUUGCACAUCAUCAUCAUCAUCGUCGUUGUUGUAGGAGAAAAAUAAUUUUGAUUUGUAAAUGAUGAUCUUUACUCUUCCCCCCCUCACCACCUUUAAUCUGACUCCGCCCUCUGGCUUCGGACAGGUAUUGGGGGCGGAGUCACACCUGGACAAUACUGCUUUUACUUCUUCCAGAAUCAGUUAAAGAAUAUUUGUAAUGAUGAAAUGUUUAGCAGCCAAAAACCACAAUAAAGAACCAGAGAGUCUGA